UUCUAUCUGUGACCGAAUCAAGAAAACCACGUGAUAGAAACGGUUUAGUGGCAUUGUCGGUGCAUACGUAAUUAAGUGCGGUGACAAGGGCAAAUACAAGUGUUGAGCGCCAUGGUCACCACACAUAUCCUAGUUCUGAUGUUAUCUGUGACGUCAGGAUUCAGCUACACUUGCGAGAAGACAGCACGAGUAUGUGAAACGUCACUGGUUAUUGAACAUUACUUAACAAUGACUAGUCCAGGAAACCGAGCAGUAUAUCCCAAACAGGGUAAACUAUACAACUACAAAGUAACCAAUUCUUCUCAGGCUCAACAGGUGCCCGUCAACGAGAUCGUAACGGCAGACGGAUGGGAAUCAAAAAGACUAAUAGUUGUAGCGAAUCGAACACUCCCAGGCCCUGACAUCAUUGUAUACGAAGGACAAACUGUUGUGAUACACGUAAAGAAUCAUUUACACUCAGACUCCGUCACGGUUCACUGGCACGGUUUACACCAAGCAGGUACCCCUUUUAUGGAUGGAGUCCCAUUUGUGUCCCAAUGUCCCAUUGAAUCAGGGCAAUCAUUUACAUAUAAGUUUAAGGCUUAUCCACCGGGUACGUUUUGGUAUCACUCCCAUGCAGGAUCUCAGCGUAUCGAAGGUUUGUUGGGUGCGUUUGUUAUCCGUAAAAAUGAGCCUAAUCCUCUUCCAGAGCACAUCAUGCAAAUUCAAGAAUGGAAUCAUGACUGGGAUGCUGACUUGGGAUAUCAGUUAAUGACCUACGGAAUCAUAGAAAACAGAACCAAAUUUCAACCCUCGGAAUCCCUUGACGGUAGUUUCUUCAGUCUUUUUAAGGCACAUGCAGGGCUGAUCAAUGGUAGAGGACGAUACUAUACAAAUUUGAAAGAGGGAAUUCACAACGAGGCUCCACUAAAAGUUUUUCAGGUGACAUAUGGUACCACUUAUCGAUUUCGUGUGAUCGGUGUAGGGGCUCUUUAUCCAUUCAUAAUUUCUGUUGAUGACCAUAUCAUGACAAUCAUAGAGUCGGAUGGAUAUCCUGUGGAACCCACCAUGGUUGACUUUUUCGUUAUUAACCCUGGCGAGCGAUAUGAUUUUACAAUCCUAGCAAACCAGUCGGUUGGAAAUUAUUGGAUUCGAGGGAAAACGUUGGAGGUUACUCGAACAACAGUCGCUGAAGCUAUUUUAAGAUAUCACGGAGCGCCCGAGGAAGAUCCCACGACAACUCCAAAACAAUGCACAUCAGAAAAGAAAUGCAUUGUCUUAAAUUGUCCUUUUACCUAUUUUCCUGAAAACGAACACAUGGAAUGUGUUCGAUUCGAUCAGCUUCGUGCAGCAGCGUUGGACGAUCCAGCUCCUCCAGCUAUUGAAGGAAAAUUUCAGGAAUAUUUUUUGAAUUUUGCUUUUCCGGGCACUGAUACCUUUCCUGGAUCUGUCAAUGGCAAGUCAUUAAAAUUACCCACCGUGUCUGGUCUAACACAGCCACAAGAAAUUAAAUCUCAAUGUGAACAGGCGGGAUGUGGGGAACAGACAUUAUGUAAGUGUACCCAUUCCAUUAGUCUGCGUCAUGGCGACACAAUUCAGAUGGUGUUCUUAAACAUGGGUGUCGGCUUUGGAUGGGCACAUCCAGUACAUAUGCACGGACAUUCUUUCUAUGUUUUGAAAAUGGGGUAUCCGACAUAUAAUGAAACUACUGGUAAAAUUAUAUCACAAAAUGUAGACGUUGAUUGCAGAGGUGGUGUGCCUCAACAGAAAAGUUUCUGUAACGAUGCCACCUGGAGCAAUCGAUCUUGGCUGAACGGAAACGUGCCUGGCUUAGAGCUUCAGAACCCACCUCGUAAGGAUACAGUUAUCGUCCCUAGCGGAGGUUAUGUUGUGGUGAGAAUCAAGGCUGAUAACCCUGGAUUGUGGAUAAUGCACUGCCAUAUUGAACUUCACUCUUCUGAUGGGAUGGCUAUGCUUCUUAACGAAUCUUUUCCACGUCUCCCCGAAAGUCCUUCAAAUUUUCCAACUUGCGGAAAUUUUGAUUUAUCCGAUACCCUGGAAAUUGAUAAGAAUGGCAUUUCUAAUCCAGAGAUGCAAGAAGAUACAAUCCCUAUGGAUAGGUUCUACGUAGUUGUUGGCAUUCUGGCGGGAAUUGUUCUCUUGCAGUUUCUGGUUAUUAUAAGCAUGCGCAUCUCAUCUAAAAGGAAUGAAUCCGGAGAUGGAGACAAAGAACAACAUUCAAAUGGCGCCACAAAUUCUGCUUUUAGUUAAGAGA